UAUCGUGGUGGCUGUGAUAGUACAGCUGACGAAGCCGUGGCGGUGUGGGAAGGCGCUUCUUAAUGAAAGUUACAGCGUCGGACUCUGGAAAGGACUAACUGACUUUGUCGCCACUCAAGGAUGUAGGUCAUAUCGACAUUUACGACAAAUGAGGAAUGAAAGAGCACCCACCGAUGACCUUCUCUUGCGACGGCUUGAAGACACAUUUUUAAUGGGUGGGGUUACCGCACAAGGCCCAUGGAAUCGAACAGUGCACAUCCAUUUCAGCAGAGAGUGAUGGAGGGACCAGCCAGCCAAGAGGGGCUGCUCGGCCCGGAAGCGGCCACAAGGGCAGCCAUUGCAGAGGAGGCCCCCAUGUUUGGCCUGCUGGACGUGCUCAUACUGCUGGCGCUCUUGGGGUUUGCCAUCUACUGGCUGUUCCUGAGACGCAAGAAGGCACCCUCCUUUGAUCCAGCAGCCAUCAAGACGUUCUCCAUAGAGACAAAUAUCCAGAAAACUGACAACUCCAGCUUCAUAGGAAAGAUGAAGUCUACGGGCCGAAACAUAGUCGUUUUUUACGGCUCUCAGACUGGCACAGCUGAAGAGUUUGCAGCGCGUUUGGCCAAGGAAGCCAAUCGGUUCGGGCUGAAGGCCAUGGUGGCUGACCCAGAAGAGUGCGAGAUGGAGGACCUGACCAAGCUGCCCGAGAUCAACAACUCAAUGGCCAUCUUCUGCAUGGCGACGUACGGGGAGGGAGACCCCACGGACAACGCCCAGGACUUUUACCAGUGGCUGCAGGACGGCAGCGUGGAACUUCCAGGCGUCCACUACGCUGUGUUUGCCCUGGGAAACAAGACGUACGAGCACUUCAAUGCCAUGGGGAAAUAUGUGGACAAAAGGAUGGAAGAACUUGGAGCAACACGCGUCUUUGAACUCGGGCAGGGCGACGACGAUGCCAACAUUGAGGAGGACUUUGUGACGUGGAAGGAGCGCUUCUGGAACACGGUGUGCGAGAACUUCCACCUGGAGAUGUCCGGGGAGGACAUCAACUUGCGCCAGUACCAGCUCAUAGUGCACGAGGACCUGCCGGAUGAGAAGGUCUUCCACGGCGAGAUCUCGCGCCUCAACUCCUACUCCACCCAGAAGAUGCCCUUCGACGCAAAGAACCCAUUCCUGGCUCCCGUCCGUGCACACAGGGAGCUGUACAAGGGUUCCCGGUCGUGCAUGCACAUUGAGAUCAGCAUUGCAGGCUCUAAAAUCAGAUACGAUUCUGGCGACCACGUGGCCGUCUACCCGAUGAACGACAUUGCCAUUGUGGAGAACCUGGGCCGGAUGCUCAAGGUGGACCUGGACACCGUCAUCACUCUCAAGAACCUGGAUGAGGACAGCUCCAAGAAGCACCCCUUCCCAUGCCCCACCAGCUACCGCACAGCCCUGCUGUAUUAUGUGGACAUCACCACUCCGCCCAGGACCCACGUGUUGAAGGAAAUUUCUGAGUAUGCCACCGACGAGGAGGAGAAGAAGAAGCUCCGGCUCAUGAGCUCCUCCUCCGACGAGGGCAAGAGCCUGUACAAGCAGUGGGUGCUCAACGACUGCCGCAGCGUAGUGCACAUUUUGGAAGACCUGCCGUCGGCCCGUCCACCGCUGGACCACCUCCUAGAGCUGAUGCCCAGGCUGCAGGCUCGCUACUACUCCAUCUCUUCUUCGCCUAAGGUGCAUCCGGACACGAUCCACAUGACGGCGGUGAAGGUGGAGUAUGAGACUCCGACGAAGCGGGUGAACCACGGGGUGGCGACGGGCUGGCUGGCCAGUAAGCGCCCAGACAACGGCACCCAGCCCCGGCUGCCGGUGUAUGUGCGGCGCUCCCAGUUCAAGCUGCCCUCUCGGCCCCAGGUGCCCAUCAUCAUGGUGGGGCCCGGCACGGGCCUGGCCCCCUUCAGGGGCUUCAUCCAGGAGAGGGACUUCAUGCGCCGUGAGGGCAAGCCCAUUGGGGAGGUGGUGCUGUACUUUGGCUGCCGCAAGCGGGACGAAGACUACCUGUACCGGGAGGAGCUGGAGCAGUACCUGGCGGACGGCACCCUGAGCAAGCUGUACCUGGCCUUCUCCAGGGACCAGGCCGAGAAGGUGUAUGUGACGCACCUGCUGCGCCAGAACAAGGACGAGGUCUGGGACCUCAUUGGUCAGAAGAACGGCCACUUCUACAUCUGCGGGGAUGCGCGCAACAUGGCGAGGGACGUGCACGAGAUCCUGGUCGAGAUAUUCUGCGAGAACGGCAACAUGACGCAGGAGGAGGCGGCGGCCUACCUCAAGCGGAUGGAGUCGCAGCGCCGCUACUCAGCCGACGUCUGGAGUUGAUGGUCCCAUCGGCACCAUAGCAAGUCAUUAUUCGGCAGGAGAGGGUGCCGCCAACGAGGCAGCACGCGCCGCGUGUGGCACCCACGAGUCUUGCUUGGGAGGCGCUUUCCGGCCAUGCGGCGCGGCUGGUCCGGGCUGCGUCGGUUGGCUUAGAGGCAUUGGCGGUCAGCCGGUCAGCGCCGAUGCCUGCUAAGCCUAAAGGCGCCCGCGCAGUCGUGCGCAGGGGAUGUACCUCCAGUCUCAUUAAGCGUCGGUCCUCUGCCACUUUUGCGCGGGCUUGGCUUGCCCUGUGCGAGCGUGUGCGUGUGUUGUUUGGAUGAAGCUUUUCUUCAUACAUAUACAUUACAUCUAUAUAUAUAUAUAUAUAUAUAAAUAGAAUAGAGCUCUUUUUAUUUUUAUUUUUUGUUGGAGUGUAUGUAGUACUUUUGGGGGUGUCUCAGGAACCCAGCGCAUUCUCCCAAGACGUCCGUGGAUCCCGGCAUGAAGCUCUGGCGCUUUUUGCGGAGCUUGUUUGUGCACGUGAAAUAGCGGCAUCUGUAUUUAAGGUGUGGGAGGUUGGUUGUUCCUGUGAAAAGUAUGGAUGCUUCUGAUGCACCGACAUUUUAUGUUUCGGCAAGAGUCGCACCCUCCUUUUACGGUUUGUGCGUGCCACAUCGUGAAAGCUUUAGAGUGCGAGUGCAGUUGGUGUGGGGGGUAAUGCAAUUAAGUGUUGCUAUUCAUAAUGCAGCUUGGUGAGCUCUCUCCGCUGUACAGGUUUAGAAGCAGGUUGUGUAGACGCGUAGGAAAUUAAUGCUUCUUAUCUUUAUGAGUAGCCUGUGCUCACUUCAGUGCUUGUUCCCCAAACACCCAGUUAACGGUUGCUCAUAUUUCGCCCGAAGGACGUGCACAUAUCGAAGUGGUCGGUGUAAUGGGUGGGAAUGUAUGUCUCAAACUUUUUUUCUUAAUUUUUUCUUUGUCAUUUUCUCAAUGGGUUGCAGUGCAAGCUGCUAGCAGUCGAGGGUUGGCAUUAUAUGCAUCGCAGUGGGCCCAUGGAACUGUUGCGUGGUGCUAUUCUACCAUUUAUUUUGUAGGAUCCUAAUUUGGGGCAUUUAUUAUAUACACACUGCAGGGCAUGCCAGCAUGAGGCAGAUUUGGAGAGGUCAUUGUAGGAUCCUCACAUGGAUUGGCAGAUAUGUAAUGAUGAAUGUGGAUGCAAAGAAGGUUGCGGUGCCAAUGUAGUUGUGCUUGAAAGUAGCAUGCUUCAGACAUUGAAUAGCAGGCAGGCUCAUAUCUUGUCUAGUAUAGUUUUAUGUACAGAGAGUACCUAGUUAGGGACUGGCCUGAGCUUUAUGCUUUUCCCAGGAAGACGUAUUUCCCCCAAGUCAGCGCACUCUGACAAGCACUUUAAUAAUAUUAAAUGGGGACACCCCAUUGCAGGCGUUCGAUCAAUCGUCGUUGGAAGUGGCACGGUGAGAGGCCGCAGUGCUGUUUCGCACACUUUUAUUCCAAUUGUUGGGCACACUUUUAUUUUUUUUUUAAUGAGCGUAUUAACGUAAUAUUUGUGUGUGUGUAUGUUGACUUGGAAGAGAACCCUUUGUAUACCCACCUUUCCAUAUCAGAACAGAGAAACGACCAUUGUGGUCGGGUGUGACACUGUGUUAUAAGGAGUAGGACUGAAUGUUAAUAAUGAUGACGACGUUGUACAUUUUGAUACAACUUAAAUAAAGAAGGUGCCCUUAGCUCAUGUUUUUUGGUGAGGCAUGCGAGCACUUGUGUUAUGACACAGUAUUUAUUUUUGCGGCACAUAUCUGCUGUACACACCUGUGAAGCCGCCCGAAGCUGGUGUUGAACAAAGGCAGAAGUGUGUGUUUGUGUGUGUGUGUGUGUCUGUGUGUGCAUGUGCAUGACAAAAUGCUGAUGUUUGACCUCCCAGGCUACUGAGAUGCCAGUUUGUCUUUUGGUGCAUAUAGUUCUCGUUGUUGCCAAAUGUGUUUUUGGCAGAUAGAAUUGAGGCAUUUUUAAAGAUGUAUUUUUGUACCUUCCCUUACCCCCAAUCCCCUUUUAAGAACAUCACUGGCUUUAAAGAAUUCACCUGUUGUGUUUGGUCUUUCAUGCUGACAUUGUAAUAUUAAAUUUUUGCAAAUUUUAUAUUUGAUACUGUGUACUAUAAGAUGUUUUCUAGGGAGAAAUAUAUUGUAAAUUUGGUCCGGUACAUUGUUUGAAUAAAAAUCAUGCCAAUUUUUAA